AUGGACCCGCCGGCACUGAUCGAAGCUUUCAAUACGGUCGGGCCUUUACCUGCGGCGGCUUCCCACACCGAGGCGUGUCUGAAUCAUCCGACUGCGCGUCGGUUCUUCUUUUCUUCCUUUUCUCGGAAAUGUUACGUGGCUCAUCACUUGGCUUCAUCUUCUUGGCUCCAGGUAUUUUGGAAAACCGGUCGGUUUGGUCACUCAGAACUUGAGAAAGUCGAAGUUUCUUUUGGCUUCGAAUCCUCGAUUCUUUCGGAAUCCCAAGAAUUCUGAGUGGACAUUUGAAGUGGAAAAAAUUCAAAAAUCUUCUUCUUGCAAAAAUUCGAACAUUGGCGGAUAAAACUUCCCAUAUGGUUUCUGAUAGGAUUUUGUAAACUUUUUUUUGAUGGAAAAUGAAAAAAUUAAAAGAAGAGAAGAGAAUCUAAAUUUAACAGUAUGAAUUUUAAAUUGGUAGGUAAACUGAAAAGUUUCACGACUCGAAACUGUCCCAAAACAAGUCUUAAUUUUUUUCUUCUUUUUCAUGCCGAAUCGUUUGGGACUUUCAAAAGGGGAGUUAAUGCUUAAAUGAAAAAUUUUACAGCGAAAGGGCUCUUCAUUCACAGUUGGCUUUGGUACUAACAAGAACUACGUGGAAACUUUCUUUUGCUCACAGUCUCGCUGAAUGUGAAAAUCCUAUUGUCGAACAUGGUCUCAAAGCAGACAACAAUAAAAUAUCUCUACCAUUAGAAAUUUUUCUGAAAGAAAAGCCUGAAUUUGGACUUUUCGUUACAUCAAUUUUGACAAGUCUAUGAUGUAAUGUAUGUGAAAAAUGAAAAGAUGAAUUAUCAAAUAAUAAAUAAAAAAUGAAAAGGAAUAGCUCAGAGGUUAGAUUGGAUUUACAAUAUAUCGCGCAGCCGUUUCGAGUCUUAAAAGUGUACGGCAUAGGAGGUGACUCUCAUCAGCACUUUCCUCCUUGCAUUGGUUCAAAAAACGAAGAAAAGGAUAAUUUUGCAGCUAUCUUAGGCGCGUAAAUAUUUAGAAUAUGAAGGGCUUUGGGUGUACUUCACAGCGGUUUGACGCUUUCGGUUUGGCUUUCAACGUCUGGGUCCUAUUGCGAAGACCAGUAGUACAUGUUCUUGGCAUCUUCAAGCUUCAGGAAUUAUUUUGGGCCAGGUUAUUUUUUGAUUUGCUUAGCUGUAGUUUCUAAAAGACCCUAGCCCAAAAUUCAGGAGGUUCUCAACGUCUUUUCUAGUAACACGUGCUCUACCGCUAAAUGAAUUUUUAUAAGAAUGGUUACUGUAGAUUAUAUAAUGUUUUGAAUCCAAGGUCGAUUUUCUCACGUGCUCCAAAAGAAUAUCCGACAAAGUUGCCUUUCCACUUGUCCAUUUCCUCAACUUUUUCUGCCGGUUUUCAGAGGCCUGCGCCGCCAGGAAACGAUCAAUUCUUCCAUUUUUUUUCAUUUCUUUGCUGAAGUUUUUCGUUUUUUUUUCCGACGUCGCGGAGGCGUACAGUACUCUGUUCGACGUCUCCCACGGAUAGGAAAAAACUGGUCUUAGGAAUUGGUUUCCUCGUCUGAUUGCAUUGUUUCGCGCGAGAAAACAGUUAGGCGGACGGUUUGAAGGACAAGAAAUGCGAGUUGAGCCGUUUUUGUGACAAGUUUGAGUGAAGUGACGAGCUCUUUGAAAUUCCUUUUUCAUUCGAAGGUUGUCGAAAAUCUUUUUGUGAGGAUAGAUUCGAAAUCAAGAUUUCACGGCCGAUUUUAUGAAAAAUUAUGCUGCAAUUUCAAAAUAUCACUCGCUCAAGAAAAAAAAACCUUUCAAAGAACCAUUGGUACCAAUAAAGUUGAAUAAAAACUCUACGAUGUGUAAAAGUGCGCUCUGUUGAACGGCAAACGGAGCGUCGGAUCAUUUUAAAAAAAUUUUUAAUUUUUUUUUGCGUUUUCACUCCCGAGAGAUCCCUUUUUUUCUUUUUUGCUUCUGUUUUACAUUCUGUUGUCAUUUUCAAAGAAUAUCUAGAGCAGUGAUUAUGAUAAGUCAGCCUCUUGAAAAAAUCAUCAUUCGAGCGUUAUUGAUUGAAAAAUUUAUGUUUUUCAUUCGAAUACGCCCUUUCUUCGAUCUCCUCAACUUGUUAACUUAUACAAAUUUUCUAUGAGCUUUUUUGGAGACUCGUGUAGAAUAAAUGAAUUCAAUUCCAUUUUAUCGAAUCAUUGGUAACUAUUGUCACAUUGGCCAGGUGCAAUAUAAUGUGGUUGAAAAAUUAGAAUUUCAGUUUUUAAUUCUUUUAAAAGAGAGGUUCUCAUAGCCAUUUCUUCAACUUACUUGUUAAAAAUAUUGUUUUUUCUGCUUUGCUCAUUUUUUUCCGCAGAAAAAGUUUUAAACCGAACACGGGCGCAUAUUUCGCAAGUAUCCCAGGGUGUUUCUUUUUCCAAUUCCCCAGUGAGGUUCUUGUCUUUUUGACAAGUAAAGUCGAAGCAACUCAAAACCUUUUUUUGUUUAGUUCUUCGCACGAAAAAAAUGUUUCUUCUUGCACUGAGAUUUUCUAUCAUGCUAAAAGAACUCAUUUCGAAGUACUUGUUUUUAACACAAAAAUAUCAAGAAAAAAUUCGUUUAUGUAGGUUUAAAGACAUGCUCCGCGAACACUGAUAUCUAUAAUUUUCUUUUUUUUCAUAGCCAUAAUCGAAAGUCAGGAGAAAAAUAUUUUUUUUUUGUUUUGAAAACCGGAAAACUCUGAAAGUAAAACUUUUCAUAGUUUUAAUUUUUUUUUUGUUAUUCUCUUUGAACUUUUUUAAUUUUGUCAUUUCGAACUCGCAUUGCAGAGAUCGAGCAUUUCGCGAAAAUUGAGUUUAGUUGAGUGAUACCUUGCAGGAAAGGAAGAAUAAUAGAGGUUUUUUUGCUUUAAAAUUGUCAGAAUUUUUCUUUCUAAAACUUCUGAGCGCUGUGAAUAAUAAAUUACUUUUUCUGUGAAAGGAAACUUGAGUUUUAUCUUUUUCAAUUUUUUUGUGUAGUAGAAAAUUUUUCUAACAAAUUUACUCAAUUUGCCACUAGCUAAUUGAAAAAAGGCUAGACUCAUAAGCUCCGUUUUUGCAUAAUUUAUUUUUGCUACUCAUCUGAAUAAAACCUCGAACAAAUUUUAUUUGCUUCAUAAACUAGUUCUGUAUAACGGUCAUGGAAAAUGACUUCAAAAAAAUUCGAUUCUAUCCUAUGCUACCAACCAGCGGUAAUCGAUCAGAAAAAGAAAAAUUUUACCAAUCUAUUAUUUUUACACCUGGAUUUUAGCAUAUCAAAGGAAUUUUCGUUUUUGAAAGCCGCAAAAAUUAGAUAAUCUUUUGAAACGUCAGAAAGUACAUCAGAUGACGACGACAGACAGAAAUCUUUGUAAAAAGACGAAAACGAACGGGCUAGGAGAGAAAAAGAAGGCCGAGGUGUGGUCGGCGAGGCCCUGGGAGGCUGGCUGCAAAGCCGCGCCACCGCCGACGCCGCGGUUACGGUAGUCCUCCCCUUCGGCUACGCGUCCGUCGACGCCACGCCCCAUUGUCAGACAUGAGUGAAUGCGCCGCAUGUGCACUGCCGAUUCUUGACAGGUAAUUUACUUUUUCUCCUUUCAGUUCUUUUUCUAUUUGUUAGCGUGUGAGUGUUCUCCAUUAAUAUGUGAGUUUGUGUGCGCCGCAUAUUCCAUUAUCACCUUGCCUUGCGCGCAAAAUUGGAAAAUGAAAAUUGAAAAGCAAAGCAAUUUUGCUCCGGCCGCUGGACGACGUAAUGAGUAGUGGAAAAGGGGGCCGUUUUCUGAAAUUGAAAUUGAAAUGGAAAUCGAGAAACGACUCCGUUUUUUCUCCUUCAUUCCGUUCAUUCCUGUCAGUCGAGACUUGGCUCUUCUCCAGAUACGUGUUCACGGUGCUCGGCAAGUCCUGGCAUCAGUCCUGUCUCCGAUGCUCGGACUGUCUCUCGCCCAUGUCCCAGUCCUGCUUCAGCCGCGACGGCCUCAUCCUCUGCAAAAGCGACUUCUCCAGGUCUUUCUUUCAGCGUCACUUAUUAGCCAUGCUUCUCAGUUUCCUGCUGAUUCUACGUUCAAAAGUAUUGAUCCAAAAAUGAAGAUAUAGUUUUUAUGAGAUAAUAUUUGGUCCAGUUUGGAAUAAACUCGGUUCUAGUGCUUCCCUCCCAGCUUCCAUAAAAUUCUUCCAAAUCGACCAAGGUACAAUUGUGGAAACUACUUUGGGAGUCUGAUUUUCGCUGAAGCCGGGUGUUUCAAGAAAAAAGUGAAUAAUAUGUUGCAUGUCAAUAGCCUUUAGUGUUCUAGGGUUUUCAAUUUCGAAGUAGGAUCUUUUUAUAACCAAACUUAGCUUCAGAAAAUUUCCUUAACUUUGACAGUUUAACUCAACAAAUUAAAAGGCCUCGCCGAUUCUUCUUUGAAUAUUUAAAAAACCGUUUUGAAACUGAGCGUCAAACUUCAGUGUAUGGUGGUCUUAGUAGGAUAUUUUCAGCCUUCCUUUCAUUACCUCCAAAAUUAAUCCUUCCUGAUUUAUUCCAAGUUUUAUUCGUCAGAAAUUGUUCUAGGUUCAUUCUAUCUCGUUUAUCUGAAAACUAGAGCCUGUUCCAAAAAUCCUUUCAGUUUAGAAAAGCAUUGUGCAAAUUGAGCAUUGUGAAAAUUUUCUGUCAGGUCCUUUAUUUUGCACCGUUAAAUUUGGACCAGUACUAUCAGUUUUUUUUUCAAACUAGUAUUUCGCGUUGUUUCAGGCGUUACGGUCAGAGGUGUGCCGGCUGCGACGGAAACUUGCAGAAAGAAGAUCUGGUGCGACGAGCGAGGGACAAAGUUUUCCACGUGCAGUGCUUCCAGUGCUCAAUAUGCCAGCGGAGGCUCGACACGGGCGAGCAGGUCUGCCCGCGUCAUUUUCCGAUUCCCUCGAGCUUCAACCUUUUUUUCUUUGACACGUUCCACUCAAAUUUUUGGGUAUCUUCAAAUAUGGCAGUGAAAAUCAAGCCAAGUGCUAGAGAACCUUCAUAAAUAGUUUUUCAAACAUUUAUUUCUUCGUAUUAUUCAUCUGGCUUCCCUUCUGGUAGUAAUCUACUUUUAAAUUCGAAUAUGAGAGAACAGUGUUUUUGAGUAUGAUUUUGAAAAAUUGAUUUCUCGAUUUCACAAAAUAUCGUUUUCCGAUCAUGAAAUUAGUCAAAAGAUGUGAAAUCCGGAUUCGUUUUGCUCAUUUUUUUUUCUAUGAAUUGAACUUACCAUUUAUUACUCGCUUUUCGUGAACUUGAUACUUUAAAUUCAACGGUAAGCCCCCAUUGCGAAAAUCUUAGCCAGCUUUCUUUUUCUUGAUUCAUCCUCUUUGUACUUCUAAAACCAAUAGAAAAAACAAGGACCACUAGAAAAGGCGAGUCGCCAGGGUAAUCCCCCAGUAAAUCCGGUUCGAAAUCCUCGAGCGAUUGGCUCGGCGGAGCCAACCGAAGGCUGUCAAAAGCACCUGCCUGCCUUCCUCUUUUAGGAGGCUCUUUCCUGACAACUCGACCGUCGCUUUUCAAGUGUUAUCUCCAACUAUGGGCUUUAAUUGAUGAAUUUAAAAAGGCCUUUGAUCCAAAAUUCAGUCUGCUCUGAUGCUUGAAGAAGCCAUUUUCAGUUUUUUUGGGUCUGAAAACACUGGAAAAAGAAUUUAUGAAUAGACUACACCUGUGGAAUUCGCUGAAAACCCAAGAAGGCUCAGAAAAGGCGCUAGAACAAUUUCAAAGUUUUUUCAGUUCAAGUUCUUGUAGAUUCUUUCGAAAUUUCGCUUAAAAAGAGGAUUUUUUGUGAAAAAAUAAUUAUUUAAAGUCGACCUCCUUUUAUUUUUUUAUUUUUUUCAUUUUUUUCACUCACCUUAUUUAGAAAAAUGAUAAAAUGAAAGCUUGUUAGUACUCUUUUUUUAGGAUUUCCAACAAUUAUCGACUUUUUGUGACAAGCUACAUAUAGCCGUCGAUCGAGUUUGCUUUUUAAUUUUAUUUUUCUGGAAAUUUUCCCACUAUCAUUCAUCAGAACAAAAACAAGCGGAUUUGAUAAAAAAUAUUUAUAUACUCAACAUGCCUGGGAAAAUAACAAAGCUUUUUCCAGCUCUAUAUUCUGGAUGGGAAUCGGUUCGUUUGCCAGACCGACUUUCAAAAUGCGACGAAAAGCUCCACGCCUUCAUCUUCGUCAAAUCGACCAGGUAUACGGGGGUUUUUUGAUAGGAAAUACGGAGUCUUCGGGGACGAAAAUCGGAAGAAAGUUCGGGGAUUAAUGAGUUUUGGUUUGAGGUCUUUUGAGUUAUUAUGAAACUUCUAUAUUAAGAGUAGUGAGAACUGUUUUCGCUGAAGAUUAAACAUGGGAGAAAAACAGAAAAAAAUCGUAGAGUGAUAAUGUUUUGUGGGAAAAGUUAUCAGAUUUGGAGAGUGAUAUUUGGUUUGAAAAGUUUUGUUCAGGCAGAAAUUUUCUAGUUUUUUUUUUCUACGAAGGAUGAUUUUUAACACUUUAAAAUUGGAAAUUCCUGCUGGAUUUGCAACAGUCUUCCCUACAUGAAAAAUUAAAGCUUAAAAAUUUUUUGAGGCUUUGAGCCCUAUUUUUUUUGCAGAGCUCAUGGAGAAGGCCAUUUCAUUUUUUUUUUCGAACUUUGUUUCCGAAAGUUGUUUCUUUCCAUGUGUUGGAUGAAGAUCUUAAAAGUCGCAACAUUUGAAAAUUCCUAAUUACCAAAAAAAAAGACUUAAAUUUCAACCGAUUUAUUUGCAAAAAGUAGAAUAUUGUGCAGUUCGCGACUUUCAGUUUCCUUUGCUGUUACUUUUUUGAGUUUUUGUGCAAUUCAGAAGUUUUAAUUUUCCGAGAAUCCAGUGUUAACGACACUCUCAAGUUCACUUUUUUCUGAUUUUGAAUAGAACUUGAGCAUCGGCUAGAUCAAAUUCGGGCGCACUAAUUUAUUCUCCGAACUGACCCUUAACCUGCGGCUCGAUUCAUUCGGUACCACUACCACCACCGGAUUACUAGCACCGCAAAAGAGACGACGACGAGCACAAGUAGAACUGGAGCCCAAGAUGAGGGACACCGGUAAACGACGUCUGCAGCUGUCACCACAACAUCUUCUUUUGUUCUGCGAGAAGGAGCGCCUAUAACCGCCGUGCACUAAUCUCCUUAUUCCAUAAUAGGACGCGCAUCCGAUCUGCGCCUUCCGUCGUCCGCGAGCCAGCCGGCUCAUUUCUUUUGAGCUCUCUCGCUGUGCACACCGUGUCCGCUGAGAUAACGAUAAAGCCGCUCGAACAAUAUGCGGCCAUAUGGUUCCGAGUCUUGUACUCUUGUUGAGCAUGAGUAGUUGGCAGAAAAUGGUCGUUGAUGGACGUCUGGGAGUUGGGAAUCUGUGAAGAAUACAACUUGAGGUAAAAUGUAGGAAGGGGGAGUAGAACAUGAGGUAAACGGAUAAAGCAACUGAAAGUAGAUUUAGAAGAAAGUUUCGUACUGGAUAAUGGCUAAUAAACGAAGCUUGAAUAAUAGUUCAGUCUAAUUUUGGUACAAAACAGCAACGGAGAGUUGAAAGUUGCAAGGGCAAUUCAAAAAAAAAAAAUUAGCUUGAGAAUAAUGCAACCAUUCGAGAAAGUAGGAACGUUCAGCUAAGAACUAUAUACUUGGCUUUAUGGUCAGUUAAAAUAAAACAAACUUGCUGAUAAAAAAAUGAAAGAGAAAAAAAUAUCUCGGAGCUGUUUGUUCUCAACAAAAAGUGGAAAAAGCCUUUGAACAUUAAAUUUUUUUCGCUCUUUUGGACAAAAAAAGUAUUUGAUUAAUGAGUAACUGAAUGAGGAAUUGAAAAAAAGAUAUUAAAAAGAUAUUUUUUUAAAUGCCUUCCCGGUUCCGUCCAUUGCUAGGUUCUUGAGGACCUUUAUUUAAAAAAAAACACUUUUUUGAGAAUUAUUUGCUCCUGGUCAAACUUGUUCUUUUUUUUCGUUUGACCUUGAGAAAUAGUUGGGAAUUUUUUUCAGUUUCGGUGUCCAACGGCUCAGAGUGCACGUCGGACGUGGAGGAGGAGAACGUCGACGCGUCGGAUGAAGUGGGUUCUCGGAUUUCUUUUUUCGGGGGAAAGAAGCCCAAUCGAGCCGCCUCAUCCGCUUGUUGAGCUCGAACUUGUCAUGGGGGGCCUCUUUGUUUUUUUGCAAAGCACGGGAAUUUUUAGAAAAAAAGAAAAUUCACCUACCCCUGCCAAAACGAUUAAACAAAAAAAUUAAAUUGCUCUUUUCCUGCGUCAUAUUUUUUUGCGAAUGCGAUGAUCCUCUUUUUGAAAUUAGUUCUAGUUAUUCACGGCUCGUGACAAGCUCGACGAAAUGUAUCGAAUUAAAUAUGAAAACUACAAGUUCACAAUAUAUCUUGAUUUUUAUGCAUUUUGCUCAGUUUUAUAAGUAAAAUAUUGUUUAAUUAGUAAGUCUUUACUUCUUUCGGAGUUUUUUUCAAAUUUUCGGCGGGACUAGUAAUCAAUUCAGAAUUGAAGUUUAUGUUUUGCCUUGCUUCCUGUAUUAAAGUGAUAAGUACAGGAGGAGUUUUUUUUGGAAAAAAAGAUGAAUGGAACUAAAUUUUUCUAUUCAGACAGUACUAGACGACGGCGAGGGCGGCGAAGGCAAAGAUUUAAGCGAUGACGCGUCGGCGGCGAAGCGUCGCGGACCCAGGACCACAAUAAAAGCCAAACAGGUACCGUAGGCCGUUUGCGAAAAACUGUCGCGACUCGCUUUUUUUUUGCUGGAGUGGUAACUAGAUGUUAUUCAAAAGUCCUAUCCAUCGUUCCUAUCGCGCAGAACUUUGUGUUGUCGUUAAUUUUUUUUUGAUUAGAAACGGAGAGAAGUUAACGAAAGACCCGAGUUUGGAAAAAAAAAAAAUAGAAAAUGAGAAGUAUUUUGUUAGGUAUCUUCCUAGUCGCAAAAAAAGGGAAAGCAAGCAAGAAGUUUCAAACACAUGAAUGGAAGAAGUAAGGAUUUUUUUUUACUAUUUUCUCAAAAAUAAAUUCGCGAACGGUACUUCUUGUUAGAAGUGUGAGCCAGAGCAAAGUUUACAUGUGGUCUAAUUUUUUUCUCUAAUUUCCCGGACUGCUGAUUUUUUCUUCAACUAGAUUCAAGGAAAGUUCAAAUUUGAACCCUUUUUUCUCAUUUCUCAACGAAGAUAUAUUUUUUUGCGUUAGAUUUUUAAUUUUUUUACCAAAUUUUUUUAUUCGAAAUAUUUUUACAAGUUUCCUUUAGUUUAAAAAAUAGCUCUCGUGCCCACACUGUGACUCACAAAUUUUUUCUUCCUCCAUUUUCCGAAGUUCUAAAAAAAUGAAAGUUUUUGCAGUUAGAAACGUUAAAAAAUGCGUUUGCGACGACGCCGAAACCGACGCGGCACAUUCGAGAACAACUUGCGCAGGAAACGGGCCUCAACAUGCGGGUUAUCCAGGUAUUCAUUCGUUUUCGGGUUUUUUUUUCAAGUUUUUCGUGCAAGUCCAUUUGAUAAGAUUACAUUGAAGGAAUGACCUUUUCAUUUGUUAAAUGACCUUUUUGACACUUAAUCAUGUUCCUAAUUCAUAUUCAAUCCCGAAAACGCUCAAAAUUCCAGAAUGCUUUAGUUUUCCUUUAGAGUUUUCAUCUGACACGAUUUUUUUUUUCCGAACCAGUAUAGUUUUUUGUAUCGGAAUCACGACACACAUUUCCUUCCCACUUAUUUCUGGAACUUUCGUUAAACAUUUCCCUUUUAAAAAAUAUUUUCGAAGUAAAUAACUUCAACUUCAACCUCAACCUGUUCAUUUUUCGAUUAAAAUUUUUCUUUCUCAAAAAAGGGACCGAAGAGUCCGCCGGAGGAAUUCCCAAAACAGGCCAUCGGUUGCUCUCGAAGCUCAUUACUCUGACUUCUCCGGCUGGUCUCUCCUCGGGACACGCUGCCUCGUCGCCUAGUCAUUUCCUCUUUAAUUCACCUGCGCCUCGCAGCUCUCAUGGGGGCUGCGCGCCAAGGCAAUUCAAUUACCGUAAGACGGGUGUAAAUAGGGAGCAAACGCGCGCCAGCCUCUCUCCUUUCUUUCCUCUCCACUACAGUAAACCUCAAGGAACCGCAAAAAUAGGGAAUCUUGACGCAUCGUCAAGAAAGGGAUCGUCUCUUGGAGGGAGUUUUCCUUGAUUUUCGUGGAAAUAUCAAUUAGGUCCUUUGUUUGGAUAGGGUGAGAACCUUUCGAUUAUAUUUUAAUCGGAAAUUCGGACGUACUGUAACUUUCAUGUGGGAGUUGCAUUAUCUUUUUCGAAGAUGGGAGUUUAUUUUUUGAUGAGAAUGUGAUAAAAAUGCCAUUUUCCACUUGUGGCUUUCAGAGAAAGUUGAUGAGAAUGUGUGAUGUUAUUACAAAUUGGAAAUAACUCCUUGCAAAUUUUUCAAUUGGUAUUCUAAACAAAGGUUGAGCGUUCAAGAAAUGUUUUACGAGUCGAACUUUUUUUUCUUGCGUUUCUUUUUUUUAUGAAAAUAAGUUUUUCCAGGCAAUAUUAAGGCACUUUGACAUCGAGUUUUUUUUCUAGGAACUCAAUUUUUUUCUUCUCCAGCUUCUCUCGUAAAAAAAACAUCAACACGUGAAAAAAAAAUAAUUUAAAUUCGUUGUAGAAAGCAAUAAUUUGAUGAAAAAAAUUAUUGGUAAAAAAAAUGACUUCAUUGGUGCUGGUUAUGCUUAGUAAGCGUGUUCCGAAGGCUUUUUUGAACCUUUUCGAAAAAAUCCUUCUUUCUUGUAAAUGCCUGAAAUUUUACGUUUGUAAGUGACCCACCAAAACCUUUUUUAAAAUUUAUCGACUUUUUUUCAGACCGCACAGUUUGCAAGUGCGUGGAAAGUUUUUCCGUUCAACCUAUUUUUUUCAUUAUAAAAAAAUUAUUGACUGAUCAGUGUGAAUCUGCACAAGUUAGCUUGGGUUUGAAAUUUGAGAAAAGAAAUUAAUAAAAAAAAAUGUAUAUCAAUUAAAUAUUAGAGGAACAGAUAGGAAACAUUUUCAAAAACUUCAAAUGAGUUUUUGAGGAAAAGUUUCACGAAAAGCCGACAAUGGGUUUUGUAGAACAAUGCGAAAAAUUUUAGGUGUGGUUCCAAAAUCGACGGAGCAAAGAGCGGCGAAUGAAGCAGCUCCGGAUCGGCGGCUACCGACCGCUGCGGAGGUCGCGGAACGGCCGCGACGAGAUCUGCGCCGAGAUGUUCGCACCUGGUUGGUUUCCGGGGAAAAGACGACUCCUGUUUUUAUCGCAUUGCGCAACGCUCACCUGCCAUCCGUAAAAUAGGGCUAAUCGCAGAAGGCAAUCCGGCGUUCUUCGGCCAGCCGCCCAUGGGCUUCUUCUGCGAUCCGUACGCGCCACCCGGCACUGAAAGGACCAUCCUUCCGUUGCCGCCGCCGUUCAUCCCGACCGAUCCGGCUACCCCCCGAAUGAACCACGGUACGUCUGGCAAACUAAGUUGCUAUUUGUAAAGAAACUAACAAAUUUUUCUUUUUUUUCAAUUUUUGCCAUAACUCGAUAAAUAGCAAUCAACAUCACAUAGUUUAAUUUAUGUGCUUUCGAAAUAACUUAAAAAUUUCAAACUCUCGAAGAUAUUGAGAAAAGUCGAAAGAACUCGAAAAAAAAUUGACCUUUGCGAAAGAGAAAAGGUCACUUUACGUUUUUUUUUUUCAAAGUUCCUGCAUUCCUGUGAGAACUCCGCCUGCCUGGAAAAUAUGGCUCAAGUUUCACUGAAAAAAAUGAACUUUGAAAAGAUGACAGUGGCUUUUGACAAGGAAUGAAGUACAUUGAAAAAAUUGUUCUCUCGAGUAUCCUUCGAAGUGGAUAUUAUUUAGACGGUUUCCCUGAAGGAACUUCGCCCGAAUUCGAAGGCGACAUGAAUUUUGCCUGUAUGUACAAUACCGACAUCAAACCGACGCCAAUCGGCUGGUGA